AUAUGUCUGCACUCUGAUCAUAUAUAUACCAGGAGAGGCUUGAAUGCUCACACAGCCGGUUACACCUUCAGUGCAUCUCCAACUUCCCAACAUGAAGGCAGCAUUAGAACAAAUAACCUAUUUGGUGACCAUUUCUGUGUUCCUACUAAGAUUUUCUGUUUCCGAAGGUUUUGAGCACAAUCAUUAUCCAAAGCCACAAAAUUGGCUAAACCAUGGUGGAGACAUACACAACACAAGACAUGCAAGCAUCGAACACAAGAUCAGCCUGGAAACAGUUUCCAACCUGAGCCUGAAGUGGAAAUUCUAUGCCGGCAAAGACAUAACCGCCACUCCAGCAAUUUUCGACGGCACACUCUACUUCCCGUCAUGGAACGGAUACAUCUACGCGGUGAGAGCGCGCGAUGGAACUCUUGUGUGGAAGAAGAACUUGCAGAAGUUAACAGGUUUAAAGGGGACGGGGUUUGUGUCCAAUGUUAACUGGACGGUGGCGAGGGCGACGCCGACGGUCGCAGCUGGUGGUGAUCUUCUUGUUGUUGGAAUAUAUGGUCCUGCGGUUGUUAUUGCUGUGAAAAGAUCAACAGGGGAUUUGGCUUGGAAGACACAUUUGGACAGCCUUGACACUAGUGUUGUGACUAUGUCCGGAACUUACUACAAAGGGGCUUAUUAUGUUGGUACAUCUUCCCUAGAAGAGAUACUCAGCAUAGAACAAUGUUGCACCUUUAGGGGAAGCUUCUCAAAGCUAGACAUUCAAUCCGGUAAAAUUCUAUGGCAAACAUUCAUAUUACCAGACAACCAUGGAAAACGAGGAGAAUAUGCUGGGGCAGCAAUAUGGGGAAGUAGUCCUUCCAUUGAUGUAUCAAGGAACCACAUAUACAUUGCCACAGGGAACUUGUACUCUGCCCCUCUUCACAUUCGCCAAUGUCAAGAGAAAGAGAACAAUUCAACACGACCCACUCAUCCUGAUGAGUGUGUUGAGCCGGAGAAUCUCUCUGAAUCAAUUCUGGCACUCGAUUUGAAGAGCGGUAAAAUCAAAUGGUACCAUCAAUUGGGAGGGUAUGAUGUGUGGUUCGUUGGGUGCAGCGACUUGUCAACGCCUAAUUGUCCACCGGGUCCUAACCCUGAUGCUGAUUUUGGUGAGGCACCGAUGAUGCUCACAAUUAAAGCAAAUGAAUCCAAGCAUGAUGUUGUUGUUGCUGUGCAAAAGAGUGGUUUUGCGUGGGCUUUGCACCGUGAUGAUGGGAAGCUCAUGUGGUCUACGGAAGUUGGACCUGGUGGGAUUGCCGGAGGGGGAACAUGGGGAGCAGCCACCGACAAAAAAAGGGUUUACACUAACAUUGCUAAUUCGGGAGGCAAGAACUUCACCCUUAAACCAUCCAACAAGAUUACAAAUAGUGGCGGGUGGGUGGCAAUGGAAGCAAGGAGUGGCAAGAUCUUGUGGUCCGUGGCAAACCCUAGCAAUGCCACCUCUAAUGGUCCUGUGAGUGUCGCUAAUGGUGUUGUCUUUGUAGGAUCUGCAAACCGUAAAGGGUCUGUUUACGCAAUAAACAGCAAGACUGGUAAAAUUUUGUGGACCUAUGAAACAGGGUCUACAGUGUAUGGGGGAAUGUCCAUUAGUGAUGGAUGCAUAUAUUUUGGAAAUGGGUACACAGUAGGUUUGGGAACACUUAUUCCAAACCUCACCGGUGGAACUUCCCUAUAUGCCUUUUGUGUCUGAGAAAACCUUUGUUGUGGUUAUAAGUGAAUGAAAUAAACAACAUAAUCAUAUGUUGAUUUCAUGUUUUAUGGUUUUAUAUUUGUGAGUAACUAAGAUGGGUUGAUCUCUAUUCUUUAGAAUCAAUCAUAUUGAAGUACGUGUAUAUGUUGGGAUGCUAAACAAGAUUUAUGGUACCAAUACUUGUGUCA